AUGUAUAAGACCCUGCUUCUGUUUUCGAUGCUUCUUUGCAAGGCGGAGAGCAACUGGGGCGCCGCCGGUAACAAUGACCCCUCCAAAGGAAACUUGGGUUUUAGUGCGUUCAACAUGACAUGCAACGAAGAUGGUUCCUCCUGUCAACAUUGCUUCAGCAUGGCCGCCAACGGAAAGAUAUAUUUAAUUUCGAUCGAAUACACAGCGGACCCUUUCAAGUUCCAGGUUCACAUCACUGAAGGAAACAAUGACUGGAAUAUGUAUUUUGUGCAAGAGGAUCAAUAUGUUGACUCUCGAUGGUGCGACAAUGCAAAUUUCAUUUCAAGAGACAGCACCCGUCAGGAGAUGAGAUUCACAAUGUGCAUCGAGAACCGAUUCACCGGUAUUUCUGUGCCGGCUGGCUGCCCGAAACCCGUGGCCCUGGUGGAGCUCGACGCUCACGAAUAUGACGAGAAAAUACGCGGUCAACAAAUGUUGUACUGCCUGUAAGU